AAAGUGCUACAUGUUCCGAGCAAUUAUUGUUGUUUGUGUGAACCGUCCUUAUAUAUAUAAAUACAUCAAAAUAUUUCCUUAUAAUAUUAAAGAUAACAGUAAAUUGACAGAGUAACAGCUGUUACGACAUUUAGAUUUUAAAUUUGCGAAAUUUUCAAAGUAUAUACUGAUCGAUUCCUAAAAUGAUUCCAUUAAAACGAACGGACAGUAAUUCCUCUGCACCUAUAUGUCGAGUUUGCUAUGAAGGUGAGAACGAAGGAAGACUCAUAAGUCCGUGUCAAUGUGCGGGUUCUAUACAAUUUAUACAUAUUCAUUGUUUAGAGUAUUCGGCAAAUAUUACGAACAAUCUUUACUGCGAUAUUUGUAAAACUCGUUAUCCAUUAGUAUCGAAGAACGAGUCACUAUUGGAGUGGUGCCGAAACACAGAUGCAUUGCUCAGUACGUUUCAAAAAGUUUGUGAUUCUUUUCUUCACAUAAUAUUCAUGAUGAUAUUAUACUAUCUAUCUAUUUUUCUAUUUUAUAAUAUAUUUCGUAUUAAUAAUUACGUGGUCGUUAAUAUAUCUCGUUCACUCGAAGAAGCCAAAAUAUUUACUAUUUGGAUGAUUGCAGUUAUAUUUUGCGUACUAAUAAUUAUCUUUUGCAUGAAUGUGAUAUAUGGCUAUAUACCAUUUUUGACGGAGGCAUUAGUAUUUUUCACAUGUCUUGUAAGCCUUUAUCUAUCUUCAAAAUCAAUAAAACUUAUCACUUAUGGUAUAGAAGGAAUCGAGAAAUAAAAGUCACAGAAGAAAAAAUCGUGGGCUAUUAGAAAAUGUUUCUAUACUUAUAUCUAUAUUCUAUACUUCUAUCCUUAUAUUAUAAUUGACUAUAAUAUGAUUACUAAUAUGACAUUAUGAAUAAAUUGUUCAUAUAUGAUAUUUUUUUCAUAUAUUAAAAACGUAUUUAUGUUUAUAUUUUUC